AUGGCGCACCUGCACAAAACAGAGCAAGGUGAGAACAAGGGUCAUCUUUAUCUUGGAAAAGAAACACAGAAUGAAAUAAUUCAUCUUAUUGGAUCAUCUAUAACCAACAACAUUCUAUUAAUGAUGAAAUCUGCAAAGUGUUACAGUAUAAUUUUGGACUGCACACCAAAUAUUUCAAAAGUUGAGCAGAUGACAGUUGUCGUACAUUUCGUCCAGGAGACAAGACUCGACAGGGUAUACAAUGUCCGAAUUCGGGAGCAUUUCCUGGGAUUUCUUCCAGUGCCCAAUUCUUCAAGCUCCACUUUGUCACAGGUCGUACUCAAGUUCUUGGAAGAUAAAAAAAUCCUAUUGUGUAAUAUGAGAGGUCAAGGAUAUGGCAAUGGAGCCAAACAUGAAAGGGAAGAAGUCUGA